ACACCUCAUAACAGUCUAUUCAACAUGGUCGAUUCGUUGACUCGGUUACCAAGUUACCUGCAGUCUCAGGUACCUACUAAAUAAUACCUAACUCGAAAACAAUUCUCGUUUUCGUAAACUUCCAUCAUGGAGUUCGUUAUCUCCGAUAAAGUGGUAGCUGAUUGUAAUCGAGCCAAAAGGGAAACUAGUUUCAUAACAGAACGUCAAAAACAAACAGUCGAUUAUGAAUUAUCGAAAAAGCUUCAAAACUUGGAGUACUAUAGGAAAGAGUUGCUUACACAUAAGAGUAAUCUGAACCUCGAGAUGAAUUCAUUCGUUCCGUACGAGGAUCGACUCAAGCAAACGAGAAACUCAUUGGAGUAUCCUAAACAGAUAUCUUUGAAGUGUUUAGAAACAAGAGAAGACAGACUGGGCGACGAUUUACGUAAAGACGAUGUAGAAAUACAACUCGAUCGAGAAAUCAAAUACAUCGAACAGACUCAAGACUUAUUCGACGAUUUAUUGGGUAAAGUGAAAGAGCAACUGAGGGAGUACAGAUCGAUUGUUUAUUCUUUAGAACGAGAUUUUCAAAAUAAAGAAUCAGCUUUGGCUGUCGAAAAACAAAACGCUAGUAUCAAAAUUACAGAUUUAAGUUUACCAGAGGAUUUCAACUCGAUACCAAAACAUACCAAAGAUCUACUUAACGAUCUAGCUCAUUUGAGUUGGCAAGAUAAAUCAGAACUCUUAAUGAAUCGAUCCAAAUCCAGUAUCAAAAAUGGCAGACAGUUGAGAUUUCGAAUCGAAGAACUACUAGCGAGUAAAACUAAAGACUUGAUAGAUCAGCAUAAUAAAUGCAACGAAGUGUUUCAAAAACGCAUCUCUUUUUAUAAAGAUGCUAAAAAUAAGCUGGAGAAACAAUUAUCCAAGAUAAACGAACAAAUUUUUCAAAUGAAACAAAACAUGAAAGAAUUGGAAAACGCGAUGGCAGAAAAGGAACCUUAUUUGAACGUUGCCCAGAUUCGGCUGAACAACAGGAUUCAAGCUCUGCAUCCUGAAUUAAGAAAAGACGAAGUAGAAACCAAGCUUCUGAAAGAACUACACCAUCUCAAAGCCACAUCCAACACCCUGAUGUCGAAAUAUACCUUGGCUCAAGAAACAUUACUAUCUCUGAACAAAGCCAAGGACCAUCUAGAACGAGAAAUAAACGUGAAAACGACAUCGGUGAAAAUAGACGAAGUUCAAUGCCUGACAUUACGUUCCAGCGUUCAUUACCACGCUUAUUAAAUGAAAAUGACACAUUUCUCAAUGCUCAUUAGUUUAAUUACACACUACAUUUACAAAUACAUCGCAUUUAAUGCUUCAUAACACGUUACAUAUUAAUGAAAGUUCACAAUAAUCGUACAAUAAUAACUUAGUAUGAACGUUU